AUGUUCCAGUCACGAGCUUCCCUGGCUCCUUCUAUCUCCUCGUUCCCACCGGCUGACAUCUUCUACGACUGGGACAGCGACGAAAGCGACAGCGAUGUGGAGGAGCUCUUCAGCGCCGAAGACUUCGUCACGGUAUCCGAAGACCUUCUGCUCGUGAAGCUACGGUGCUUUCAUCCGAAGCUGGACGUGACGGGACUCUCCGCUGCCUUCCAGCGAGAGUUUAGCGUCACGAGAGACUCGCAAGAGUUGGAAGCGAGACUCCAGAAACUGCAGGCGCCCGAGUUCCGAGCUUUGUUCGUUUUGUACCUGAAAGCUGUUAGUAUCGCCAAGGAAGCUCAGUACACGACCAACGCAGGAUCAGGGAUUUUACCGGAGUACCAGCCUCUCCUCGAGAGCACGAGGACGUCGUGCGAGACCCAACUCUUCCAGAUGAUGUACGACCUCGACAAGUACCAGCAAGAGGCGUCUGAGAUGCUGGCGGUGGAAGUGUCCGGUCGGAACUUCCCCAAAUACUCGCGCUCGGUCUCGAGAGCGGAGCUCCGUCGUUGCUGCAAGGUGAUCGACGACUUGUUCCGGCGUCAGGUGGAAGGCGAAACAACGGCGUCGCACCAGGCCUUCACGUUGUACGCGGCGCAGACGCUGAACGAGAAGCUGAUAAUCACGGACACGGCACCUCGCUACGACUCCAUCUCGGUCUUCAACCACUUCGAGCAGCCGAUCUUUGAUCGUCUCAUUCUCUACGCGAAGGACCCGCAACUUGUUGAGCGAUUGGCGCUUCAAAGACAGCAGCAAGUGGAGGCGAACCGCAUCAAGCAGCAGUUCUCGCAGCAACUUCGAUCGAUCUUCGAGACUUUGCGACUCAAGCAAGCGGAGAGGCUCGAGCAGAUGCAGGUACAAGAGCUCGAGACCAUUCAAAAUCAAUUGGAGAAGACGCUUGAGGCCGAUCUCCAGCAUAUUCGUCAGAUGCAUGCAGCCCUACUGAACCAUGAACGCGCGAAGAUCAACGCUAAAUAUGAGGAACAGAAGACUGUGCUGAGCGAGAAGGUGAAGAUCAUGCAGCGAGAAGUGAUGGCACUCCAGAAAAAGUGUGACAGCAAUGGAUGGCACGGACUUGAGCGCCUCAUCAUGAAUACGUCCCUGCAGGUGGAGCGGAUCUUCGGCACGAGUGAGUAUCUCCUGCGUCUGCUCAUUCUCGCGGAAGACUUGCAUGCAGAUCCGUUGAGACGUGCACUGGUGCGCUACAUCAGCGAAGAGAACAAGCUCCCGCAAUUUGUACUUCGCCGCGAACUGACCAGCAAAAUGGUAGCGGAGACGACAAUACUCGCAAUGCUCAAGGAGGCGACAACCAAGGACCUUCGAGAGGUUGCCACCUUCGGAGCGAGCUUCCUCCACCAGGAUUUGGUGACGCGCGAACUUCACACUCGGAGAAUCGAGUUCGGGAGGUUCCUAGCGGGGCUCACAAACGAUCGACUUCGAGCUGCACGCCGGUACGCUGUUGCCAAGAAACUUACCGGUAAGGCUUCCAACUACGAGACUGCGUACACGUCCGACAACCAAAUUGGCCAGGAUCAAGAUGACGAUUCUCAGACUGUGAUCCUCGACGCUGAGUUUGAUCGCUUUGCUGCGGCUCUGGAAGAUUUUCAAGAUAUUCUAUCGCAGGAGUUCACUCGGCGUCGAGAAUUUGCUUGCGUGAAGAUGGAUAGUACGGAUAUCGAGCAAUACGUGAGCUUCGCGGCUGAAGACUGUGUGUUGCAACUGGAAGCCUCGCAACGAUACUGCACUGUACACGCGACGAAGGAGCGACGUCAAGGAGAGUCAGGCAAGUGGAUGUUUGAGGUGACCAUUGAUGUCUUUGGCGGAGACGGUGAAAGCCUGCUGAUUGGAUGGGAGGUACCUCGUGGCUCAAACGCGGCAGCGGCAGAGCCCGACGCAAGCUCCUUACCCUCUUCUCCAAGUAGUAAAGUGUCUAAACAACAUGACACUGGGUCUGUGGUGCCGGGGAUUUCGCCAAGCGAUGAUGGACGCAGCUACGGUGUAACUUGGCAGGCUGAUGGCGGUCUUGACAUGGGUAUGCUACAUGCUAAUGGGGUUUCAAAGUCGGGAGUGCCAAGUUUUCGAGCUGGUGACACUAUCGGCUGCACCAUCGACCAGGACUUGGCCGUUCCUCAGUUGCGCUUCUACCUCAACGGGGAUGUUACACUACCGCUACGCCGAACAACUACUGCAGGGGGAGGAGUAUUGUCGGCAGCGGAUUCUUCAACUUCAUCUGAAAUUUCGACCAGCUUCGGCAUCGCAGUCACGAACCCAGCAUACAGAUUGGUGCCUGUGGUUUCGAUGUACUCGUCCAGCAAGAAGCCACAGAUGCGGGUAUCCUUUAACUUCCGAGGUGACUUUCGGUUUCCCAUUCCAGGAUUUGAUCCUUUCGGUGCCCCAUUAUAA